AUGGAGGAGGCACCCGAUAGCCAACAGCAGCCACAACCCGCCGCCGGCUCUGCUUCCUCCGCGGGGGCACCACCUGCAACCGCUUCCUCUGGUAACUCCGCCCCUCCCAAUGCGCCUACGCCGUCAAGUAGCUCCAAUGCUGCUCAGCUGUCCAAGAGGAGGAGAGGCCUAGGAGUGGUCACGCCCAAUGCCUGUACCGAGUGUCGCAAAAAACGAGCAAAAUGCGACGGACAAAGACCUUGCGGUCGGUGCAAGGCCCAGAAGGACGUAGAAUGUGUCUACGAGGUCCCAGUCCGCCAAUCCAAGGAGAAUCUCCGAACCGAGCUCGAGAAUUUGCGCCAACGCCAGAAAAGUAGCGAUCAGGUCAUUGCCGCCCUCGUUCGCCCCGAUAUGUGGGAGGAUGUGUUGCAACGAUUGCGCAAUGGACAAUCGCUUGAAUCAGUCUCGGACUGGAUAGGUGGUGCUGGUGGUGGUGGUGCGAGGAGUUCCUUUGCACGCCUAAACGAACAGUCCAGCGAUACAAGCGUAGGCCCAGGGACUCGCCCAGGGGGAUUUCCGGCGCCCAUCAGAACCAGGAAUCUAGGAGAUCAUGGCUCCGUGGCCAUGAGCCCGAUUACUGGGCAGUCUGGCUUGCGCCAGGAGAUUGAUCCGAACAGCCCUUGGCACCCAUCAUCACAUAGCCAGAGCACCCGAAGUAACUCUCAUCCCGACGCAAUGAACUGGAGCGCAGACAACAAUAGGCCGCCACAGGGGCUAUUCGACACCUGGGCUGAGUCGGCGAGUAACACGGAAGCCUCCGAAGGCGGCUCGAAGCAUCAGGGCGCCGACCAGGUGCUAGCCCCGUUAGAAUUGCCUCACAUGAAGCUGCCCCCCGAAGAAUGGACGAACAUUACGGACGACGGCUCGUUGGUACAACAUUUGCUGGCUCUGUACUUCUGUUGGGAAUAUCCAACCUUUGCGUCUCUGAGUAAGGAGCAUUUCCUCAGGGAUUUCCAAAAUGGCGUCCAACGCUAUUGCUCCCCGAUACUCGUGAAUGCGCUUCUGGCCCUCGGAUGCCGUUUCUCCAGUAAGCCGAGCACAAGAGCGAAUCCCAACGACCCGUACACCUCUGGCGAUCACUUUUUCAAAGAAGCCCAGAGUCUAUUCUAUAAAGAGAAAAACCACCACAAUCUCACAACCAUCCAAGCUCUGGGCAUAAUGUCUAUUCGAGAAGCCAGCUGCGGCAGAGACUCGGAAAGCUGGUACUAUGCCGGACAAAGCAUUCGUCUUGCUAUCGAAAUGGGACUUCAUCAACUCGAGGAAGAUGGAGAUGAUGACGAGUUUGCGGUUCAGGCUGCAACUUUCUGGGGCGCAUUCGCUCUCGACCAGUGA